AAGGAAGGAAGGACUGUGGGGUGCGGGAAUGAGACGCAUGUGCGUCGUUUCAGUGUGUCUUUCCAUAGGCUCCAGGCCGCACGGGAGUAUUGGGGAUCCCCAGGAAUGUCUCAUCCCAGCACCCAUGUGCAGGACAACCACCUCACAGGAGUGGACAUGCUUAGCUGGCUGUGGACACAAGCUAACAGAAGAGGGCAGGCGAUCCUGGCAGGAGAGCCUUCCUUCCUUCCUUCCUUCACCUCAGUGGCAGGCUGUCAAGAGUUCUUCCCAGGAGGCUGGAGGUCUCCCUCUAUCCUGUACAGACACAACAGAACAGCUACAACCCCUGGAGGGGACCACAAAACAGAGCGAGGCAAGUGGCAGCCAGUGACAAGUGGGUGUAUGCUUCCUUGGAAAGUAUCAAAUCCCCCCCAGCCUGAGUCACCCCAGGGUGUGAACUCAGACCCCACCCAUGCUUGUCUCACGUCCAGAGCUCUGUGGGCUUCCCCGAUGAUACCCCAGGACCUGUCAUAUCUGGGCUGGGACCUCAGCCUUUGCCUCCAGGCAUCUCUCAUCCUUAGAGAAUGCAAAACCCAGCAAUUUCAGGAGGUGUGGCUACACCCCCAUCCCACCCCUCCCAUCCCCCACCCCCAGUGCCCACCUGUUGGCUUAGCAGCCAGGGGCGAUGGCGGGAAUCGGGUGGAGUUGGCUGAGGAAAGUCUGGGCCUGCGCCUUCUGAAGAAACUCCUUAACAGCCCACACUUGAGAGACUCCACCAGCGUGGAUUUCCCAGAUCCCGAGUGGCCGAACAGCUUGAGUUUGAUUCUUGGCUGGAGAUUCUGUGUGGGUCGGAGUUGCUGGAUGAAGAGUCCUCUGUGUGUAUCCUGACAGAGGAAGUGGAGAGGGGGGAAGUGAAGGUCUGAACAGACUGUACCCCAUGGGCCUUGGGCUUUCGGGUCCUGGGUCUGAACGUCCUACACUGGGAAUACAUUUCUCUGCUGUUUCCACAGAAACCGUUUUAAAAUUAGGGAAGCACAUGGCAUGUUCUGAAGUGUGGGACCAUCUCGGCGCUUUUGUCAUCCACAGGAGCCCCAGCCCAUUAGCAGUCACUACCCUCGCCAUCUGUUCAGCCCCUG